AUGUUUGAAGAAGUCCACAGACAUAUCAUAUAUGAAAAAGAAACUGAGUUCAAUAAACUAGAAGCAAGAUUCAUCGAGUUGAAUCAUUUAAGUCAUAUAAUAAAGUCAAAUAAAGUAACCAAAAAUCAAAAGAAGAUCAUAAAAAGUGAAAAAAACAAACAAAAACUUUUGAAAAAGAUAAGGAAAUGGUUGGUUCAAGACAGUGCUGCUCCUCAAGAAUCCUUUGAGAUAUGGCAUGAACACGUUAAGUCAUCGGUUGAUAAGCUUGAUGUAAAUGGACUUCAGAUUGAGAUUUUAGAAGAAAUCAAGAAGUUAGAAAAUGAACAUACUGAGGAUGACUCGGCUGACCUGCCUAAUAAUAAUACCCUAGAUGAAGAAGAGUAUGGCCAUAUAGCUAAUGAAACCGAAAGAGAUGAGCAAAGGGAAAGGGAUAGGCAGCAGAGAGAGAAGGAAGUAUCCGAAGGGAAAGCCUUUGAAGUAAAAUUAAAAGAAAUGACAAAUGGUAAUGACAGUUCAUCAUGGACAAAAGUGAAUCAUUUUAUAAGGUCAAGAGGCUUAGAGAUGCUACCGGUUCAUAAUACAGAAUCCAAUGAAAUACCAUAUAGACUCUUUCCAGCUGCCACGGUUCAACACGUGAAUAAUUUGACCACUCUUUUACAUAUAAACAUCAUGAAAAAGAAUUGGAACCUUGCAUAUAGUAUAUUCUGUGUAAUAAUAAGAAUACCUCAUGUUGAUAUACGAAGCCUUUGGCCCCUUGGGAUUGAAAUAAUUAUAGGGAAACAAAGUGAAUCACUGGAUGGGACGAAACCAACAAUAUUUAAGGAUGAAAAAUUCUUUGAUUGGCUUCUUUCUUUCUAUGCAUAUACAGGUAUACCUUACAGGCCAACCAGUGCCCAACAAAGAAAGUCAAACUCAGCUAUUAACUGGAGAUCAGGUUCAAAAACCUAUAGUCCACUAUUUGCAAUAACAUCACUUUGGAAUUUGAUGUGCAACAAGAAUUAUUUUAAAUUUAACGAGAGGUUAGAGGAAUUUCUCUUGCAACCUCCCUACACUAGUGAUGGAAUAUUCUAUUUUUUCAAGAUCUUGUAUCUUUUGGGUCAAAAUUCUAGGUUAGCUACUAAGUUCAUGAAUCAUGGAAAGCUUUUCGACGUUAAUGAUGACGAACAAGAGGAAAUAGAAGAUGCAAAGUUUAAUAUAGAUCCGCUAGAUACUAAUAGUAAAUCGUCAAUAUCUAAGUUGUAUCUCUCGAAUCAGAAGUCAAUUACACAGCUCUUGGAAACAUGUGAUCAGUUAGGAUUAGAGUACCCAAAACCUUCAGUGAUUUCUCAAAUGAAACGAUUGCUGAAGAAAAUUGGUAUUGAGGAUGGAGGUGAUAAUGGAUCCGAAUCCGAAUCUGAUUCUGAUAAUCAAGAGUCUGCUUAUAUGACAGCUAAUUCUUUCGCCAUCAAUAAAAGUGUCAAUGAUGAAGACGAAGCACAUGAUUUACUGGAAUUUUCUGAUGAUCCAGGUAAUGAAGAUAAUGAGGAUGAAAGGGAUGAAAUUACUGAUAGACAAAUCAUGCCAAAAGAUAUUGAACUGAUGGAUUUUGAUUUCGAUUUCGAAUAA